GAAUAAUCUUGAUUCAAUCCCCAGUUACCCCCCCCCCAAAAAAAAGUCUCUAGACUAGCUUGGGAGGUAGAGGCUGCCAACCUGGAGGCUGGCUCACACACGAGUUCUGGCUUGCAUCCCAUGGACUCAGGGCUGAAUCCUACCUGUGGUGCUGCUGCUCUAGCAUGGGGACACAGUGACAGGCCUACAUCUGCUGCCUCCACACAGCAUGUCAUUGCUGCUGGUUUGGAGAAGACCUGAUGCUCUCCAAACUCUUGAGGUUUGGGGCCUUGGGGUAGAUAUGGUGGCAGUAGCUUCGUACUCUUGGGAGCCCAGGCCUUUGAUCUGAGAUUACACAUCCCUGUCCCUCAAUCUGAGGCAACUGCAAUGCAGUACCUGGCCAUGGUUCCACAGACAGCUCAUUUACCUGCCUGCCAUCUUGUAGGCACAGGAAGGGGUGGGCCACAUGGAGCUGUGGGCCGCAUGUGGAGAAUUGUCCUCCAGGGUUAGCUUUGGUACAGAAGUCUGAGCUCCUGGCAGACCAGGAAUCAGGGGGUGCUAGAGGGGAUCAGUGAGGCUUCAGGAAAAUGUCUUGUCUAAGACUUACCCUAAUGGAUGAGAGCCACUAGGGAACUUGAGGUGCAGAGAGAGGACAGUGGCCACUGGUGGAAAUAGCACUGCUUCUCUUGCAGAAGAAGGCAUUGGAGCAUGUUACAGUUCCCCUUAUCUGCACCACAGAUGCUGGGGAGCAGUGAGGGGAUCAAACCCAGGGUCUUACUGAGCUACAUUCCCAGCCCCCUAUACAUAUUUUAAUUAACAUCUGUGGUUAAUAGUGUGGUUCAUUUUCAGUCAGUUUGUAGCUUUGUACAAACAUCCUCACAAACCCAUUUGCAGCAUCUCUGCCCCUGAAAGAGGUCCCCUUUGCAGUCACCCUCAUCCCUACCCCCACACUGGCCUCAGACAGGUACUGGUAUGCUUCCUGACAAAGGUCUGCCUUUUCCAAAAAUGCAGCAUGUGGCCUUGUGACUGGCUGCUUCCAUUCCUUUCUUCGCUGAGCAGUAGUCUGUCAUUAGUAUAGCCCACCUCUUGUUUCUGCUCAUGGACACUUGGGUUGUUUCCACUUGGCUUUUAUGCACAAUUCUGCUGUGGACAUUCAUGUUGAAGUUUGUGUGUGGACAAGUGUUUUCCUUUUUCUUGGGUAGAUUAACCUAGAGUGGAAUUACUGGGGGCUUACAGUGAGUUUAUGGAACUUUCUGAGAACCUGCUACACUACUUGCAUUUCCCCAUGUUAGACAGUGUUCAUUGGGUCAGUCUCUUUUACUUGACUACCCAUUAUGUUGUGCAGUGUUAUUUCCCUGGUGGCUAAUGAUGUUGAGCAUCUUCUUGUGUUUUCAUCUGUCCACAUACAUCUUUGUAUACCGUGCAUGUAUAUUCUAAAAGACAUCAUUAAGAGCAGAACCCCUGAGCCUGGGUGGAGGCUGGCUGCCACUUCAGCUGACCUCAGCAGGCAGCAUUCUAGCAAUGAGCAUUGACAUGCUUGCUGCAUGGGUGGGAUUAAGUUCAUGUGUGCUGAUAAAAAUUCAAAUUUUUGUUUUUUGAGGUUCAAGGUUUUAAAAUCUUUUUUUAAUGUCGUACUUACAAAUUUUACUUUGGCAUAGUUCUUUUCAUCAUAGAAAUUUCACACAUUCAACCAGAUUGUGGUGGUACAGUCCUGUAAUCUCAGUGACUCAGGAGUCUGAAGCAAAAGGAUCCCAAGUUCAAAGCCAUCUUCAGCAACUUAGCAAAACCCUGUCUCAAAAUAAAAAGGGCUGGGACGUGCACCUAGGUUCAACCCCAGUACCAAAAAGAGAAGUUCCACAUAUUCAGUAAAUAUCUAAGCAUCACGAAGAAAUAUAGAGAAAAGCAUUUUCUCCCCUGCCCAUUUUCCAGAAGGAGAGGCCCUCUCAGCUCUUUCAUGCACCCCAGGGCCAGAGUUGGAGACCUCAGGAAGGCUGUCCAGGUAUGGAUUCCAGGCAGCCUCAGCCAUCAUGCUCUCUGGGCACUAACACUGUGGUUGUCCCAGGCCCGUCUUCCCUGGAACUGUCAGGAGAAUGGUGGUAGCCUUUCAGGAAAAGCUGAAACCCCAGACUAGCACCACAGGUGUUGGCUCUGGAGUGUGCCCUUUGUACUGCCAAGGCUGUGCCCAGAGCAUAGAUGUGUUGCUGUGAGACUUUGGGUCUUGGCUUGAAGGAUCACUCACAGUGCAUGUAGAUACAACCCUACCCCCUCACUCACCCUGACCACCAGACACCUCCCUUGGGGCCAUUGCUCUCAGAUAGCCUGUUCCCAUGAGGAAUCCAUAGACCUGCUGGCUUGAGAGGGCAGUGUGGGAAAGCUGGAUACAGCCGAUGGUGAGAAAAUAGGAGUUGACACUACACUGUGACUGCCCUACAGGACUCCUUCCAGCACACAUGUUCAGGCAGCAAAGCACAGGCAUGGGAGUCUGGCAGACCCUUUCCCAGCUCUGACAGGACACCAGUGGGCCAGGAAGGGCUCUGGGCAGAAACUGGCAGCAGUGACAACUCCUGACACCUCUGAGGAGGUACACCUGGGUACAUUGCCUUCUUGAGUAAAUUCUCACAAUGCCCAGAAAGGCAGGCACUGCCCCCUCAGGUAGUCCUUUGUAAGGAUAAGGAAGUCACCUACUACCUCAGCCUGGGAGAACCUAGUGUGCAGAUCUCUCCCUGGUAACUGGGUACCUGUGUCCAGUGUCUUGCCCAAGUGCUUAAUUAGUGAGCAACUGGUUCAGACAUUGGCCACCUAGAGAAAAAGAUAAGGAGGAUGCACCCCACCCAGAAAGGCCAACCAGGCUGUGGACUGUGGCCAGCCCAAGGAAGAGUGACGUGCCCUUGUCCUCCUGAGAGUGUCAAGUGGAAGCCCCCAGAGUAGAAUCUAUCAUGAACACAGUUGGAGAGCCACCAAACCAAGCCUGAUGCCUUUGGGGAAUUUGCAGGGUCACUCAUUGGGCUGCACAGGUGGUCAGGGGCAUUUGUCUCAGUGUGGCCUGCUGAGCCAGCUGCCCGAGAAGCCCAAUUCCAAAAGUCAGGUGGCUUUGACUAAGGCCCUGUGAAUGGGACACCUGUCUCAUUUAUCUCUUCCUGAGGAAAGCCUAGGACGUGCAGCCUCCAUGUGCUCCAAGCACUCAUUUCCUGGUUAUGUCAGGUGGACUUUGUACCCCUCCCUUCUCAGCUAGAACUGAGCGUUGGCAAGGCCCAGAGAACUGAGGGCACAACAGGUGUUCUGUGUUGAUUUUCUGGCAGUUGCCUCAGUUUCCUUUUCUUGUUAGCCAGUUUCCUAUGAAGGUAGAUUUGCUUCUGUGUCCUCCAGGACAAGUGCCUCAGGUCUGAACUUGUGUGCUGUGUAAUCUGGGAGCAUUUUAUUUUGAGAAUUUUGAAGUACCUUCUUUUUUGUGUGUGGUACUGGGGACUGAACCCAGUGGUGCUUUAUCACUGAGCUACAUUCCCAGCCCUUUUAAUUUUUUAAAUUUUGAAACAGGGUCUCACUAAGUUGCCAAUGCUGGCCUGAAACUUGCAGUCCUCCUGCCACAGCCACUCAAGUGGCUAGUUGAUGCAGGCUUUUACUUAUACACUUUGGUAGUAUUCUUGCCUUGUCUACUGAUGUUUUGUGGAUUUCGGGCUUGAGUCCUUUGUCUCCUCCCAGACCCUUCAAAAUGGAGAGUAGCCUUGAGUGAUGGGCAGUAGAACAAGUGAGCCAAGGAGGCUGAAGAAUAGGCCCAUCAGUUCUCCUGGCUGUCGUGCUGGUCCUGCAUCCUUUCAUGUCAUAUCAUGACCCAUGUCAUGCAGAAGUGGUCAGUCCUCAAAGUCCCUGGUCCUUCAGGCCUCUCCCAGCCACAAAUGAGCCACUGCUUUCUGUUCCUCCCACCUUAUCCUGUUUUCAUUUAAACCUUUCCAAACUGUGGACAGGACCUUCCUGACUCAGUUCAUCUUCCAGGACAGCUCUGUCAUGUCCUCUCAGGUACUGAUCAGACUAGCAGACACCAUACCUGGAUAUAAGCUGGGCACUGGCUAUGCUAGCCAGCUCCCAGGGGUACAGAGACUUGACCCCACACUAUUGUUUUUGAGGUUUUUCCUGCUCAAAUCUAUGCUGACCAGGGGCCUAGGGCCAAGACACCCUGCCCUGAGAGUUGUGUGAUGUCAAAUGCUGCAUGAGUCUGUCUUCUCUCUGGAAAAUCCUCCUGAGGAGUGGGUUGUGAAGGGUCAGCCCCACACAGGUCCCCACUGCCCAGCUUGGCUAUGCUCCAAGUGUGUGUGCAGGUGGAGCCAGUUGUCCACUGGUAUGCGCUCUUGCAUGUGUGUGCAUGUUUCUGUGUAUGCCUGUGCUGCACUCCGUGCCUCGACCAUGAGCCUUUCUCUGAAGAGGGAAAGGGACAGGUUUCUUCUCUUCAGGAAGUCUUUCUGGCAUUUAUGAGCAUAGAAUCCCAGGUCAAAAUGGACUGCCUGGCCUGGGCUCUGAACCCAGCCAAGUGUACCCUAUCUACCCCAGGGUUCUAUGGAGCCCAUUCUGUUCACUUGGGCCCUGCACUCUACACUGUGGACAGUGUACAAGGGCAACCAAGUGCCUCUGCCAUGUGAAUCCAGUCACGCUUCCACCUACUUUUCUUGCAGGGUCUCUGCCUGCACGGAGAAUCUGCUUUGGAGUCCUCUGGGUUCUGGGAAACAAUUGUGUUGCUAGGGGAGAAUUUUUCCCCCCCUAAAGAGGCGAGUUUUCAUUCUUCCUAAACCAAAAGGGAUAGAAGCCCAAGCUUCAUGCCUCAUGCCUGUGCCUCACUAUAAAGAAUAAUUGAUUUUCCUGCAGGCAGAGCAGCUACAGUCAGUUUAAGAGAUAUUGUGUAGUAUGGAGACCCCCUCACACUGGCUUAGCCCCACGGGCCCCACCCUACCCCCAAUCCUGGACCCGGUGAGGCCCUGGAGGAGUACAUCCCUCCUACCUUGCCUUGGGCCCCAGUGCCUCCCCUUCCAUCCAGGAGUAGCAGGCACUUGGCCUGGGGAGCAAACAGUGAAGCCAGGAGCCCAGGAACCCUCCUAGCCCGGGGAGCUGCAUUCAAGGCUGUAGGCAGCCUCCCUCUGUGUGCUAAGCUCAGCCUCUGGUUCCAGUGCCUGGCGGGAGGGAGUGCCCUGUCCUCAGAACAGUGCUAGGUACAGGCCUCCCUGUCUACCUCUGGGCAGGCCCACAUAGCGUCUGUCCUGCAGCCUCAGCUGUGAUUGAGCAGCCCUCUCCGGCAGACUUCAUGCAAUACCCCCAUAACUAUCACUGCCUAGCUAACAGAAGGGAGGGCCAGAGGUUGUAGACCUUCUGUCUCUGUCCAUAGCUCCCCUGAACCCCUGAGUUCUGGGCACUGCACAGCCUAACCCCACAUUGACCACACCAGGUUUCCAGUUCUGCGGUCACAGGCAGGUGCCUCCCCCAGGAUCAUUCGCUGGGAGGGUGGUGUCCUACCAUCUAUAGGACAUCAUGAUCACGGACCCCACAGGAGCUUCCCUGACCAGGGCCUUUCCUUGCAGCCAUACACACUCGCCUGGGUCUAUGGCCGCGGUUGGGGAGUGGUCCUGUGCGCGCUGCACCUUCCUGAACCCGGCUGGCCAGCGCCAGUGCUCCAUCUGUGAGGCCCCUCGGCACAAGCCUGACCUGGACCAGAUCCUGCGGCUCAGCGUAGAGGAACAGAAGUGGCCCUGUGCCCGCUGCACAUUCCGGAACUUCCUGGGCAAGGAGGCCUGCGAGGUGUGUGGCUUCACCCCAGAGCCUGUGCCUGGAGCAUCCUUGCUGCCCAUCAUCAAUGGGGUCCUGCCCAAACCACCCACCAUCCUGGUGGAGCCAAAAGGCAGCUGUAAGGAAGAGACGGGCUCUGUGCGGACAGCAGGGAUAGUGGCCCUAGAGCCAGCUGGAAGAUGCACUGAGGAGAAGGAACAAGAAGAUGAGGAGGAGGGGGCAGAGCCCGGAAGUGGAUGGGCCUGCCAACGCUGCACAUUGCACAACACACCCGUGGCCAGCUCCUGCUCUGCCUGUGGGGGCCCCCGAAAACUGUCACUGCCCAGGAUCCCCCCGGAAGCCCUGGUGGUACCCGAGGUUGUGGCCCCCGCAGGCUUCCAUGCAGUACCUGCCGCACCCCAGCCAGUGUUCCCUGGGGAAGGGGCUGAGGCUGACACUCCCUCCACCAGCCAAGGCCCAGCCUCUGCUGACCAGGAGGCUCCCAGGGUACCUCCUUUCAGCCCCUUCUCACCCACCCUGCAGAACAACCCUGUGCCCCGAAGCCGCCGAGAAGUACCCCCCCAGCUUCAGCCACCUGUGCCUGAGGCUGCUCAGCCCUCUUCCUCCACUGGCUCCAAAGGGCCCCCCCAGGGCCCAGGCAGGGCCACGGCUGCUGGGGCCUCACGCCUGGCAGAGCUGCUUUCAGGCCAGCGGCUAAGUGUGCUGGAGGAGGAGGUGGCCCCAGGGACCAUCCUUGCCCGCUGUGAGGCCUGCAGCCCCUCCCCAGGCAGUGAUGUCAUUGAUCUAGCUGGGGACACUGUGCGCUACACACCUGCCAGUCCCUCCAGCCCCGACUUCACCACCUGGUCGUGUGCCAAAUGCACACUCAGGAACCCCACAGCUGCCCCCAGGUGCACAGUAUGUGGCUGCUCUAAGCUUCAUGGCUUCCAGGAGCACAGUGAACCCCCCACCCACUGUCCAGACUGUGGGACUGACAGACCUGGCCCCUCUGCCCACAAGGCCACCAGUCUUCUCUCUGAGCGUCCAGGCCAAUGGGCCUGCCCUGCCUGUACCUUGCUCAACGCACCCCGGGCCAAGCACUGUGCAGCCUGCCACACACCCCAGCUCCUGGUGACCCGGCGCAGGGCUGUGGCGCCCUUAAAGCGUAGAGAGAGUAUGCAUGUGGAGAAGCGGCGGCAGACAGAUGAGGGCGAGGCCAAGGCUCUCUGGGAGGACAUCGUGGCCUUCUGCCGGGAGAACAAGGUGAACUUUGUGGAUGAUAGCUUCCCCCCAGGGCCUGCAUCUGUGGGCUUCCCUGUGGGCGACAGCGUCCAGCAGCGUGUGAAGCAGUGGCUGCGGCCCCAUGAGAUCAACUGCUCCGUCUUCAGGGACCACAGCACUGCAUGGUCUGUCUUCCACACCCUCCGGCCCUCAGACAUCCUGCAGGGGCUGCUUGGGAACUGCUGGUUCCUGAGUGCCCUGGCAGUGCUGGCUGAACGGCCUGACCUGGUCGAACGGGUGAUGGUCACCCGCAGCCUGUGUGCAGAGGGCGCCUACCAGGUGCGGCUAUGCAAGGAUGGCACAUGGACCACAGUACUGGUGGAUGACAUGCUGCCCUGUGACGAGGCCGGCUUCCUUCUCUUCUCGCAGGCGCAGCGGAAACAGCUGUGGGUGGCCCUCAUCGAGAAGGCGCUGGCCAAGCUGCAUGGCUCCUACUUUGCCCUCCAGGCAGGGCGCGCCAUCGAAGGCCUGGCCACACUCACCGGCGCCCCCUGCGAGAGCCUGGCGCUGCAGGUCAGCUCCACUAACCCCCGAGAGGAACCCGUUGACACUGACCUCAUCUGGGCCAAAAUGCUGAGUUCUAAGGAGGCUGGGUUCCUCAUGGGUGCCUCCUGUGGUGGGGGCAACAUGAAGGUAGAUGAUGCUGCCUAUGAGAGCCUGGGCCUGCGCCCCCGCCACGCCUACUCUAUCCUGGACGUCCGUGAUGUCCAGGGCUCAAGCCCUGUGAUCCUCAGGCUCCUACGACUGCGGAACCCCUGGGGCCGUUUCUCCUGGAAUGGCAGCUGGUCAGACGAGUGGCCACACUGGCCUGGGCACCUGCGGGGCGAGCUUAUGCCACGUGGCAGCAGUGAGGGUGUGUUCUGGAUGGAGUACAGCGACUUCAUCAGGUACUUCGAUUCCGUGGACAUCUGCAAGGUGCACUCAGACUGGCAGGAGGCACGGGUGCAAGGCUGCUUCCCCAGCUCAGCCAGCGGGCCAGUGGGCGUGACGGCACUCACGGUGCUAGAGCGAGCCUCGCUGGAGUUUGCCCUUUUCCAGGAGGGCAGCAGGCGUUCGGACGUGGGGGACAGCCACCUCCUGGAUCUGUGCAUCCUGGUGUUCCGGGCCACCUUCGGCAAUGGUGGCCGCCUAAGCCUGGGCCGCCUCCUGGCCCACAGCAAGAGAGCAGUCAAGAAGUUUGUGAACUGUGACGUCAUGCUGGAGCCCGGAGAGUACGCAGUGGUGUGCUGUGCCUUCAACCACUGGAGUCCCACUCCACCAGGGCCCCCCACCAUGCAGGCCUCCAGCCCCUCUGCAGGGGUCCCGCGAGGUACCCCUGAGCCUCCUGGACACGUGCUUGCAGUGUACAGCUCGAGGCUAGUCAUGGUGGAGCCAGUAGAAGCGCAGCCCACCACGCUGGCAGAUGCCAUCAUCCUGCUCACUGAGAGCCGGGGAGAGCGGCAUGAGGGCCGCGAGGGCAUGACCUGCUACUACCUUACACAUGGCUGGGCGGGGCUCAUCGUGGUGGUGGAGAACCGGCACCCCAAGGCCUACCUGCACGUGCAGUGCGACUGCUCCGACAGCUUCAACGUGGUGUCCACGCGCGGCAGCCUGCGCACCCAGGACAGCGUGCCGCCCCUGCACAGGCAGGUCCUGGUGAUCCUGUCCCAGCUGGAAGGCAAUGCAGGCUUCUCCAUUACUCACCGCCUGGCACACCGUAAGGCAGCCCAGGCCUUCCUCAGCGACUGGACAGCCUCCAGGGGCACCCACAGCCCCCCACUCACACCUGAAGUUGCUGGCCUACAUGGGCCCCGGCCGCUGUGACUGCUGCGUCCUGGGGCGAGGGCUGUGUGUGGACUGCCCACUGCCUCUCACACGCACUUUAUGAGGGAGACCCCAACGGAGGACGCUUGAACCAGAAUCUCAGGACCCCACCUAGGGAGCCACCAGCCUCAGGGCGCAGCUUCCCUUGGGCACCCCAUCCCUGCCCUGUCCCUCCUCUCCCCUCCCAGCCCCUCAGUCCCCAGGCCAGGCCUCCCAGCUGCCAAGCAGAAUACCUCGAACUGGACAGGCUGCUUACUGGCCACUCUGACCUGCCAUCUGGGGACAAUUUCAGGUGGCCAGGGCCAAAACGGGGGCUGCCCCUUCACAGUGAGUGUGGGGUCUCCUACCAGGGAGAGGCAACCAAGAGCUCUGUUCACAAAACCAAAUCUGGGGUCAGGAGCCAAGACCCCAUGGAGAGUCGGGACCACCCCCCUGUGGGGCUCAAGGUCUGCAGCUUCCCCUCUCAGUUUGCCCUAAGAGCCAGCCAGCCUCCUUGCCUCAAGAAGGCAAGCAGGGGUCCCUGAAGCCCUGGCAUUUGAGUAGUGCACCUCAGGAGGCAGGUGCCUGGUGGCCACAGGCCAGGGCUCAGGGUCAGAGGGGUCCCUGUCUAGCUGCCCCUCCUGUGACACUAUGCAAUUCCUGGAGCACCUACCAGGAUCGAAGCCAUGACUGGCAGUAGGUCAGGGCGCUGGGCCAGCCCUGCUGUCUGGCGAGGUGUUCUGUCCUCAGCAUCCUGACCAUGGCCAGGUAGCCAGGGUCCAGCACCCUGCACCAGUCCCAUCCCAUGGCCUCAGCCCAGCCCAUCAUGGGCACAACAGGGCAUAGCUGCUGCCCAUUAGAAGCCCGGGAGCUGAGCUGCCUACCUGUCCAGCAUCCCCCCAGCUGUGUAUUGAGGCCAGAGUUCUUGUCUGCUGCAGGGACACAAGUCCAGCUCCCUGGGUCCCCUGCCCAGCCACCACUGUCCUGCAGCUCCCGGGCAGCAGGCAGCCAGCCUGCCCACGGCUCUCGCAUCCCAUGGGAGUCGUGGGUUUUUACACCUAGAGAAACAUUCCCCCUUCCCCAGGCCUCCUUUCCUCUGAGCUGUGAAUGUUUUUAACCCUGUAAAUACAGUCAGCUCUUUGGACACGCAGGCUGUUUUACCAGCUGUCAGUCCCUCCCUGUCCAAGGCUCCACAGGCAGUUCCCACUCAGGCUCCAAGGACCAAAUAAAAUCAUUUUGUUUUGUAA